AUGUGGAGGUCAACUUUUGGUCAAGUUUCAAGACUCGUACAAUCUUCAGGAAGAUUUAACGGUUCAAGAACCGUUCAGGGAAUAACUACUUCCAGAAUGUUCCAUCAAUCAUUGAUAAAUUAUCAUGGACAUGUUCAUAAACCUAAACCAGGUGAAGAGUUACAUAUCACAUUUAUCUCAAAAGAUGGUAAACAAAUAGAGGUUGAAGCCGCCGCUGGAGACAAUUUGAUGGAUAUUGCUCAACACCAUGGAUUAGAUGUUGAAGGUGCUUGUGGAGGAAGUUGUGCUUGUUCAACAUGUCAUAUGAUCAUAGAUCCUGAGUUUUAUGAUGAAAUACCUGAACCUGAAGACGAUGAGAAUGAUAUGUUGGAUUUAGCUUUUGGAUUAACCGAAACUUCAAGAUUAGGAUGUCAGGUAUUCAUGACCCCUGAGUUGGACGGAGUUAGAGUGGCAUUACCUGCAAUGACUCGUAAUUUACAGGUGAGUGAUUUCAAGUAG